CUAAGUCAAACUUCCCCUCCUUCCCCUGCUUUUCUCUCCUCCCAUCCCCCAUUACUCCGCUACUUUAGUCGAGGGCUUUGCGCUUAUCCCUCAUCUUUAAAUUUCGUCCUUUAUUGUCAUUUUAAUGAGUGUAUAUGAUCGCACUGCAUAAGUGUUAAGCCUUCCGGCCUGGCUGAACCCCUCUUUCUCCCAACUCCAACACACCAACUUCCUCCCCCUCCCCUCCUCAGAACAUCCUCCCCACCAGCCGAUCAAACAUGACGAGCAAGGAGGGGGCUACAGGGCAGGCCUUUGGCCCAGUUCUGGCUGCGGUCGCCACCAUGCAAGGAAAUGUGUCGCGCGCCGAAAAGACGCAUGCUCAUGAGUUCCUAGAGAAAUUUCAGAAAUCGGUCGAAGCUUGGACUAUUACUCAUGAAAUGUUACAAUCUCCGGAUAUUCCUGUCGAGGCCAAGUUAUUCGCAGCGACGACGUUGAAAGGAAAGAUCAUCUUCGAUCUCGAUCAGUUGCCGGCCGAAUCCAUAGUUGCGCUCAGAGACUCUAUUUUGAACCUGCUCGUGGCUUUCGCGGCAGGCCCUCGGCCUAUCCAGACACAGCUUUGCGUAUGCUUGGCUAGUCUUGCGAUCCAGAUGCUUGCAUGGAAGGACGUACUUCCGACCGUGGGCGCUGCUCUGGGGAGUAGCGCUGGAGACUGUGUAUUGGAAUUUCUGAAGAUUCUUCCGGAAGAAGUAACGGAAGGUCGCAAGAUCAAUUUGAGUGAAGAUGAUCUUAUCAUGCGGACCAAAGAACUCUUGGAGGACAAUGCUGAACAGGUGAUGCACCUAUUGAUCCAGUACGCACAAUCGUCACCAACUGCAUCCACCAAUCCGCGCCUUCUGGAUUGUAUUACUUCAUGGAUGCGCGAGAUUCCAGCAUCCAAGAUUGUCGAAUCGCCUUUGAUGGACAUCAUUCUGAAGGGACUUGAUGACGAUAUAUCCUUUGAGGCUGCAGUAGACAGCAUGUGCACACUGUACCGAGAUACCCGCGAGGUCGACGACUCGCUUGCCAUUAUCCAGGCCUUGUACCCACGCAUAAUCUCCCUUCGCCCCAAGAUCGCCGAGUUCGCCGCGUCCGAGGAUACUGAUGCCUACAAGGGUAUCACGAGACUUUUUGCAGAAGCUGGUGAAGCAUGGGUAGUGUUGAUUGCACGCCUACCGUCCGAGUUCCGGGGGCUGGUCGAGGCAGUCCUUGAAUGUUGUGCUCGGGAUUGGGAGCGAGACGCGAUCUCCCUUACCUUCGUUUUCUGGUACGAACUGAAGCAGUACGUUACGCUGGAUCGGUAUGCGGACGCGCGGGUGAAUUUGAGCGAUGUCUUCUCGCAGCUGGUGGACAUCAUGGUCAAGCAUCUUGAGUACCCUGGGCUCGAAGAAGGCGAGACGGAUUUGUUCGGGGGUGAUCGUGAGCAGGAGGAGAAGUUCCGCCACUUCCGCCAUUCCAUGGGAGAUGUCCUCAAGGACUGCUGCGCUGUCAUUGGAGUCACUGAAUGUUUGACCAAGGCUUACCAUUUGAUUCAGCAGUGGGUUUCCAAGUAUGCGUCGCAGUCCAGUGAUGAGCACGUCCCUCAUUGGCAGGAGCUUGAGGCACCAUUGUUCAGCUUAAGAGCCAUGGGCCGCAUGGUGGAUCCUGAGGAAAGUGUCGUCCUAACCCAAGUCAUCCCUCUGAUUGUGCAAAUUCCCAACCAGGAGAAGGUGCGGUUUCAGGCCAUCAUGGCGCUCGCACGCUAUACGGAGUGGACGGCUCAGCAUCCAGAGACACUGGAGGCACAAUUAAAUUACGUCAUCUCGGGAUUCCAGCAUAGUUCUCCCGAGGUGGUGCAGGCUGCGGCUCUGGCCUUCAAGUAUCUUGGUACUGACUGCCAAAAAUUGCUUGGAGGUCACAUCACACAACUCCAUAGCUUCUAUGAGUCCGUCAUUGACAAGUUGAAGCCGGCGAGUCAAGAGGAGGUAACUGAGGGUGUGGCAGCAGUAGUUGCAGUCCAGCCUCUGGAGAAGAUUUACGAAACCCUGAAAUUGUUCUGUGACCCUAUCAUGGCUCGCAUCAUGAAUCUAGCGAACAACGCUCAAGAUGAGGAAAGCCAAAGGGCCGUUGCUGAUCACAUAGGGUUGAUUACCAUUUUUGUCAUGGUCGUUAAUCCAUACGUUUCUCCUGGUGAAGAGAACCCCGCUGUGAAGUACUGUGGUGAGAUCUUGCCAAUCAUGAGCACGAUCGCACUGAACUUUACAUCAUCCACGCCAAUCCUCGAGCGAGUUUGCCGUUGCUGGCGUAAUAUGAUCAUUUCAUACCGGACCGCAAUGACGCCUUUAUUGCCGACUCUGGCUCAAAGCCUCGCCAGUGGCUUCGAGGCGUCGCGAGAAGGAUGUUUCUUGUGGGCCACUGAUGCCGUUGUGCGCGAGUUCUCGGAAGGUGCUGAGUUUGUGGACGCGAACACAAGCCAGGCCGUCUUCCAGUUCUACGAACAGCAGGCAAUCGCGUUCUUGCGUAUUCUCAAUGAUCUGCCCCCGGAGAACCUACCUGAUGUCAUCGAGGAUUUCUACCGCCUAUCAUCGGAUGCGAUCCGAUUCUAUCCCAAGGAAUGCAUCACUUCUUCCCUCUCGGUCCCCAUAUUCUCCGCGGCCCUUAGCGCCCUCACCCUUCAACAGAUCGACCCUCUCACUGCUACCCUGCAUUACUAUCAUGAUCUAUUUAGCUUUGCUUUUGAAAAGCCCGCGGUUUCUGAAUUUACCACGUCAGACGGCAACGCAUACUCGACACCUGUCGAAGUUCGUGAGGCGGUCAAGCGGCUCAUCGCAUCUCAAGGUCAACUGCUUGUCCAGCGGAUUCUUACCGGCAUGAUGUUCACCUUCCCCGGAGAAUGCUUCCCAGAUGCGUCCAGCGUCUUGAUGUCAAUGUUCGAAUUGAUGCCUGAAGAUACGGGAACCUGGCUUCAAUCCACUUUGCAAAUGCUGCCUGCGGGUACGAUGAAGCAGGGUGAGGCUGAGCGUCUACUCAAGGGGCUAUUUGACAAGAUUCAAUCGGGCGAAACCCGGAAGAUCCGUGUCCUGCUCCAAGAUUUCACCAAUUCGUACCGCCGCCGAAAUGUGGCUCCCAGAGACGGUCUGGGCCGGCUUGAGGCUACCCGAUUUCGGUUUAGUGGAUAGAUAUUCCCUUGAAUGAUGGGAACUGGGACUGAGCAAUUCAGGAAACAGCACCGCUGAGGAUAUCAAAAGUGGCCUCAUCUCGCACCAACGCUCAGCAUUUGAGUCGGGGCAGAAUUUAACACGAAUUACCUUCAGCGCCCACGGCAUCUAUCCAGAAGAUUCAGAAUGCGUUUGUGCGUUGAGAAUCCAAUAAGACUGCCCAUCAUGUAUCUCUCUCUCAAGCAUCAGCAUCCCCCAUACACGCUUGCAUGAGGUCGUUAGAAAAAAUCAUUGGCGGAUGAUGCGCCGCCACGACCAAACCCCCCUCAGGGGUCAGCAAGUGAACAGCGCGGCUAAACACCCACCCUGUAAAACGUGAGGCCAUUAAUAUUAUAGUGUAAGGAACUUAGAUAUAUUAUAAGAACAAUGGAUCACCCAAUCUAUUUAUCGG